UGGGUCUGUAUUGUGUCUGAUCGUGAAGUCAGAGGGGAAAGGCAGAGUUCACACACCUCGGAUCCACCAGAUUGGGUUUGUUUUUCCAGGACUAGUCUGAAAGACCUGUUUGACAUGGAGGUCAGCGCAGAGGCCAAGAGGAUCAUGGUCGUGGCUUUGGGGAAACUGUACAGCUCCCGGACCCAGAGAGGAGGUCUCCGUCUCCACCGGAGCCUCCUGCUGACCCUGGUGAUGAAAUCCGCCCGGGAUAUCUACCAUGCGGCCCAGACGACGACGGCGGACAGUUUUGGCACAGGAUGUGAGCAGGAGAACCAGGAAACAGAGGUGUUUGGAGACUCCACUAACACUCAUGUGGACCUCCAGGGUUCUCAGACUGGUGUCACCGGACAGACUGAGGCUGAGGAGGAGGUCACGGAGCUGCGCCACGACGCACAGACGCGCACCGACCAUCAAAACAAGGAGAAUGCGCAUCCAAACAGGAAAAGAAGGGGCAAAGUGUGCGCAACGCCGGACUUCCUCCCGUGUAAGAAAGCCAAACUUGAGCAGAACUGUCCCCAACAGCUCGCUGUAAAUCCCGUCUUAAUGGACUACGUGAACUGCGGCAGUAUACUAAGCGCCCCCCCAGCCCCCAUGCCUGUCCUCAGACCCAUCGCUGCGUGUUGAAGCCGUGCGCCUCCACACACACGAAAGGCAACUUUUUCCGCCAGGCCUGGGAACCUGAGUGCGCCCCAGACAUGCUCAGCUUAGUUUGGAUGAACGCCCGGGUUAUGGUGGUGCUUAAGCCCCGGACAUGGCUUCAGACAAGCCAGGCCAGGCCAGGUUACCGGUAUCACAGGAGGCAGGCCAGCUGGCGCGGAAUGGCCCCGAUGGCUUUUGGCCUAGAUAUGGGCCACCAUAAGGCUGACUUCUGCUGGCAGAAAGAGGAACUGAAGGAACUGGUUCAUCUGGAAGAAGGGCAUACUUUAAGAACAUUCACAAAGACUUUCCAAUGACAGAGAAAUGUUGUUGCUGAGUAACAGUAUGAAUGUGUGACACCUGUGCGUCACAGUUCUGACUCAUGAUAUUCUGGGAAUAUGUUGAUUUCAAUGUACAACUACCUCAGUAUUUAUUAAAAAAAAUGUUUGUACUUAAAGUAAA